GAGAGGCGCUGUGCUUUCGCCUAUUUGAUCACAAAUCUCCAGCCGUUCGGGCAGUAGAAUAGCGGGUUGUUUGCUCUCUGGCGAUUGAAACGUACAGUGGGCGUUGUGUUGCGUCACCAGGAGUUGUUAUUUACUAGGUACUAGUGUCUGUACUUCCGCCCGCGUUGGGUCCUGUGUCUGCUGUAGUACUGAGACAUCAGCUCAGGGGAGGCACAGGGCUGUCAGUAGCACGACUUUGGGGCAUGCGAAGUUAAUCAAGACAAGCCCCGGAGCAUGGAAGGGAUAUUGCACAAGUGGACCAAUUACCUGAGCGGGUGGCAGCCUCGAUGGUUUCUUUUGCGUGGAGGGAUAUUGUCUUAUUACGACUCGAAAGAAGAUGCUUGGAAGGGCUGUAAAGGAAGCAUUCAAAUGGCCGUUUGUGAAAUUCAAGUUCACCCCACAGAUAACACACGGAUGGACUUGGCUAUUCCAGGGGAGCAGUACUUUUACCUGAAAGCCAGGACGGCAGCUGAAAGACAGCAGUGGCUGGUGGCGCUGGGGUCAGCUAAAGCCUGCAUUACGGACGUCCGCACAAAGAAGGAGAAAGAGUUCAGUGACAAUACAGAUGUUCUGAAAAGGAAGAUGUCGGAAUUAAGACUGUACUGUGAUAUUCUAGUGCAACAAGUCAACAAAACGAAAGAAAGCUCUGCAGUCGGCGAUGAGGAUUCUCAGGAAAAUGUUGAUAUGGGAACACUUUUGAAAUCUACAUGUAAUACAUUCCUGAAAACGCUGGAGGAGUGUAUGCAGAUUGCAAAUACCACCUUCACGUCUCACCUCGUGCAGGCUACACCUCCAGGAUCUCCACACCUCUCCGUUCUGAAACCCACCAAGGUACGUCGGUCUACAUUGCCAACUCAUGCAUCUGCGCAAAGGAAAAUUGAAUUGAAUAAUAACCUUGAAAAUGGGUCAUUAAAGGAAGAGAACAACCACAAAGAGCAUUCAAUAAAUGAACAUGUCCAUUGCAUCGGUAUGGAAAUUUCCAGAAACGUGCCUGUCAGCUCUCUGUCCGGUGAUUGGAACAAACGUUUAGCAGAUAGUAAAGGGACCCCGGAUACCAUUUCUCAGAAUGCAGACAGCACUGCAGUCAGCGACCGAACCGAUGGAAGGACAGAUGUACAGGCUGAAGCACCCUCGGUGGCCAGCACGCAGCAGCAAGAUGAAGGUGGAGGUGAUGGAAGUGAUGGAGGAGGAGAAGAAAUGGGAGGCUCUGAUGAUCUUCACACCUUUUUCAAUGCAAUGACUCACAGAUUCAGCGACAUUAUAUUGGAUGAUGAAGAUGGAAUACCAACCGAAUAUUUUCUGAACUCAUGUUAUGCAAUUGUUCCCGUUCUGGACAAGCUGGGAUCAACAGUGUUUGCUCCUGUAAAAAUGGACUUUGUGGGAAAUAUUAAGAAAAUAAACCAAAAAUACAUAACCGAUAAAGAAGAGUUCACGACUCUACAGAAGAUCGUCCUCCAUGAAGUUCAUGCAAAUGUGGCACACGUCAGGAACUCUGCAACCGAGGCUUUGUUGUGGCUCAAAAGGGGAUUGAAGUUUUUGUAUGCAUUUCUAACUGAGCUGAAAAAUGGUCAGAACGACAUCCAAGCAGCCUUAAGUAAUGCAUAUGGUAGGACAUUACGGCAGUAUCACGGCUGGGUUGUACGUGGUGUUUUCGCGUUGGCCCUAAGAGCAGCACCAGCGUACGAUGGAUUUGUGGCCGCCCUCGCUGUCAAUGAGGGAGACGACAAGAGAGACUCUUUCCAUGUUGCCAUGAAGAGAGACCUGAGCAUCUACCUUCCUGCCAUGGAGAAGCACCUACACCUCCUGGACAGUCUGUACGAAAAACAUGGUUUGGAAUCAGAUGAAGUAGUAUGAGGAGUAGUGACCGGUCGAAGAUUCAGGGAUUUCAGAUGUCAUUGAUCUCAUUGGUUCCCCUAGGCCAGCUGUAUGAGUGGCAUCUUCUGAUGCUACCGUAACGUCUUUUAUGAAGAGCAUUGAAAAGGGAAACGUUCUGUUAUCUGGACUUCUGUUUUGGCUGUGAAGUUGCCCUCUUAAGGGCUCAUAAGUCUAUUGGGCUUCAGUCUGAGGACCUCGUUUGAGUAGCCGUUUCAGUGAAUGGGGAGUAACAGAUAAGAAAUGUAACUUAUUAUUAGAGCUUUGUCAUUCAGAGGAGUCUCAAAAUGCAGAUACCUAUAUUAAAUAUAUAUUAUUUGUUGUAUAUAAUGUAGUCACACGUUUUAAAAAUUUCAUUUUGUGUAAAUGAACGAACAGCUAAAUACCAAGAGGCUCUAUUGGCCUAAUAAUUACAAGAGAGGA